UGGGAAGAGUUGUUUGUGGCUAGAAGUAGUAGUUGGUCAAAUCCUUGGGUGCCAAGAAGAAGAGUAGCCUUGUCUGGCAAGAAGAAGAUUUUUUUUUUCAUCUUUUCUAUGGAGAGGGAGGGAUGUUGUGAUUAUACGUACUAGUAUAAUAAUAUAACAAGAGAAGGAGAAGAGUAGUAUAGUAUUGUAAUAGCCAAUGAAACUCAGCAGGAACAAAAUCCCCUGUUCCGUUUUCAGCUGAAGCCUUUUUUUUUUUACGCGUUCUACGGACUCAAUUCCCUUCCCUCCCCUCUCCGGGCUCCGGCCCUCAACAGUUCCUCUUCAUCAUCGCUUCGAUUCGAUCGGAUUGGUGGCAUCGCAUUCGCAUCGACCAAGCGAGAUCCCGCACGAUUCCACUCGAUUCGAUUCGAUUCGAUUCGAUUCGGUUCCAUUCCCUCUCUGGCCCUCGCGAGGAAAGGUAGGAGCACUCAGCAGCAGCAGCAGCAGGAGGAGGAGGGGCGCCGUGAAUGGCGCUGCCGGUGGCGAAGCUGGGGACCCUGGCGCUGCGGACGCUGUCCAAGCCCAUCGCCAGCCGCCUCAAGAGCCAGGCCGCCGUCCACCCCAAAUUCCGCAACUUCAUCAUCGCCAUCGCCCAGAUAAACCAUCGUAUCACCACCAAGAUACAAAGGCGCAUUUACGGGCACGCUACAGAUGUGGAGAUCAGGCCUUUAGACGAGCAGAAAGCUGUUCAAGCUGCUACAGAUCUCAUCGGGGAAGCCUUUAUCUUUUCGGUUGCUGUUGCUGCUCUAAUUUUUGAGGUACAGAGAAGUGCAAGGUCUGAGGCUAGAAAGGAGGAAGCUCGUAAACAGGAACUUGAGGAAUUGAAACUAAGGGAAGAGAGUUUAGCUAAAGAACUGGAAGAUCUUAAAGUGAGGCUUAGUGAAAUUGAGCGGCUUGCUAAAGGGCGAGGCUUGACAGGAAUCUUGAACUUGAAAAGGGUCCAUGGGCCAGAAGUCGGCAAGGCAGCAACACCUGCGUGAGUAAGCAAUUUGGUUUUGGUGCGGCAAAGUAGGAUUCCUUGUCGCCCCCAUUAUUUGGUGGUGACACUUGUGUAGUCAUGCCCACUCUAUUCUUUGGUGCUCAUAUUGGAUCUAAAUUUGUAUGGUUGAUCCAUGGUCACCCUGAAAGAAUAAUACAGUGUAAGAAAGAAAUUAAAGUGCAUUAUGUAUGUGCUACUUGGUGGUGGCAAUCACAGAACCAUAUGUUAAGAGGAAUGCAGUCUUGCAUUGCAUUGGCCUGCUGCUAACACAUCAAGAUUCAAGAUGAGAA